UAAGUUGUUGCAUGCAUUUACAAUUCGAUUUUGGAAAAUGUGAUAUCUGAAGGUAUUUCUACAACAAGGCUUCUUUAGUUUGAAAAUGUGUUGUCAUAAUUAUUUUUUAAAAGAAUAAUUCUGCUCACAAUAAUGCUGCUCACAAUAUAAAAUGCAUUUAUUUUUGAAAAAUGGAAAUCAGCAAAGAUGGCUCGUUGUUAAUUUAGAUGAUGGAAAUAUACCUAUGAUUGUUGGGUUAUCAAAUAAAGAAACAAGUACAAUAACAAUUAAUUUAGAACCUGCAAUAUGGUUUAAAGUAAUGUUAUUGGAAUCUGUAAGCAUUGAUUGUUCUACUAGAGUUGUGUCAUGGACUAAUGGUCAGCAUCAUAAAGGUAGAUUACGCCCAAAAAAUGGUGGACAUACUUAAAAAUGAUUCCUUUGAAACAACAUCACAAAACAAACUUGAGAAUUUAUUGGAAGCUCGAAAGUUACGAGAUAUUAAGCAUGGUAAACUAGAAACUUUAAUCAUCACAAGAGCAACCAUUCAUAAUGGUCUAACUUUUUUGAAUGAUGAAAAUGAACUAAAUGAGUCAUGCCGUCAUUAUCUUAAUCUACAUAAUUUAGUUGUUGAUGAAAAGAAACUUGUGAAGUUUUAUAUGGAUCAAAAGGUACGUGCUCUGAGUGUUAGAGAAUGCAUACAAACUGUGAUAAGUGAUUUAGAAAAAGGACUUCAGUCUUGUGGAGAAGAGUUCACAGUUGAUGGAAAACGCAUCACAGAUGUAAUGGAUGGUUUGAAAUCUUUACCUGAAUGGCAAACAUUGACACAACAGAUAGCUUCAAUGGUUUAUGAUACCAGUCAUCCUAUCGGUAAUGUUUUUAAAAGUUUCUAUCAAAAUUUUGAAUCAAAAUGUAAAACUGUUUUAAAAGCAAGUCAUUCUUCUAAGUCAUCUUUAUUGCUAGCUUAUGAAGAUUACGUAGUUGUAGGAGAAAAUGAAGCUGACUUUAAUAAAUAUUACCUUGAUGAUCAAAAAAAUCUAAUUAUGAUUCAUCUCUAUAAUGUUACAGAAAUGCUUUCAAGCUAUUUUACUGACACUCAUCUUAUGUUUAUGCGAAAAGUGCGUCUUUGUUAUGAAAGAUGUUUUUAUGAUCGUAUUGGGAGAUAUCUUAUGCAUCUCUAUUAUGUAGCAUAUGCUCAAGAUAUCCAGUCUAUUAAAAAGAGAGUAAUUAUGUUAAAACAAGUGGAAAACAAGUGCAACAAGUUAGGAUUGCAGAUUAAUAAUGAAUGGUGGCUUUCAUUAUUGGAAUCUGAUACAGAAUCGUCUGUCACAGAAGAUUCAUCGAGUGAUAGUAAUUCUUACAUAAUAAGUUUUUCAGAUUGUGAUGAAGAAGAAUACCACUCUAGCGACAGUGAGCUCUAUUUGAAACAGGAUUCAGUUCAUAAAAUUAAACGCCACCUAAAGAAAUCAAAAAAAGCAGUCUUACUUCGAUCUAUGAAAAACGGACAAUUUUUAGAUCUUGAUGAUUCAAGUUCAGAUUUGAUUAAAUCAGGAUGUUUACUUUUAAAAAAUGAAGUAGCAGAAAAAAACAAUAAUUUUGUUAGUUUAAAUGAAUCUCCAUUAUCUUACAGCCCAGUGAUUUCAACAAAAUGUAUUAAAGCCCAAAGUAAUUGUCAUAACAAAACUGAUGAAGUUGAUACCUUUGAGAAGCAUUUUGAUGCAGCAGUUAAUUCAAUAAAAAAUACAUUUUCUCACUUUAGCCCACUUAAAAAAAUGCAGUGUUUGACAAAAGCUCUGCAAAUCAUCGCUAAUAAAGUUGAAGAAUUAAGAAUGCGAGAUAGAAUCAUAGAUCGAUCCAAUGUUGCAGUUGGUGCUGAUGAUUUGCUGCCAUUACUUGCUUUAAUAUUUCUUAAAAUGACACCUAAUGAUAUAGGUAAAUUGUAUGUUGAGCUUUUGUUUAUAUCUGAUUUAAUGGCAGACUUUUUGUCAUCUGGUUGUCAUUCAUACGCGUUAUGUGAAUUUCAAAUAGCUUUUCGUGUUUUAGACCAAACAUGUGAAGAAUUAUCUUUAUUAUAACAUUUAUUCAAAAGAAUUUUUUUACAUUUAAAAAAAAAAAAAAUGUUUUUGUUUAUUUAUAUAUCUUUUAUAAUUUUAAAUUGGUUUUUACAUACUUUUUUUU